AAAGAGGCCAGGAAGGAUUGGAGAUGUUGAGGUCUCCCUAUUCUUUUCCUUGCACUGGCUGCCAAGGCUACACUCCCUUCCACUCGAUUCAGUCUUUAAAUUGCUUAGAAGAAGCAAAAGAAAUCUUUCGACGAUUGCUUCAAAGAGCGCCAGAGCUAAUUAAACAAAAGAAUGACGAAGGAUUUUCAAUAUUCCAUUUAUGGACAUUUGAAUCUGCUAAAUUGUGGCCAUUCAAAUAUCUUCUAGAAAGCCAUGUUAUUAUUCCAAAUGUAAAGGGGAUUUUUGCACAAUUGGUCUCUUCAACAAACAUGGAUGGUGACAACCCUUUUCAUAGAUUGGCUGGAAUUGUCUCCAAUGAAGAAGUUGCUAUUAAAAUAGCAAAAUUGCUCAUAGAUAUUUACAAACAAGAAACAUUUAGCAUUUCAGAAGAUCUACUUCCAUGGUUAGUGGAGAACGAUAAUGGUCAUUCACCUUUGGUAUUGGCCAUAGCCUGUCGACAUGAAAAGUUUGCACUAUAUAUCUUGUCAAUUGAUGAAAAUGCAGUUAUUAAAAGUCAGUUUAAUGUCUUGUUCUUGGCUAUCGUGAAGGGAUGCCAUAAAGUCCCGGACAAGGUUUUAGAGAUAGUGGGUGACAAAGGUUGGAAUCAACUUCUUAUUAUGAAUCACCAGAAUGUUUUGCAUCUUGCAUCAUUAUGCACAAAGGAAUUUUGUACACGGCUUAUUGAAAGAUAUCCAGAGUUACUCACAAGAGUAGACAAAGGAGGAUUUUCAGUAUUGCACAAUUGGAUAAUAAAAAAGGGCGAAUUAUGGCUCUUCAAAUACAUUUUAAGCAGCAAAUGGAAGAGUACUUUUGUGAAACUCAUUACUGAUGCAGAUUACAAUGACAGAAAUAAUCCUUUUCAUGUUGCGGCCACUACCAGCCAUGAAGCAACGAACCAAGUUGUAAAGCUCCUUGUUGAAGCUUACCAAGAAUAUAAUCCUACUUGGAGGGUCAAUGACAUAAAUCAGUUGCCAUGAUUUAGAACGAAUAAAGCAGAUGAAGGGCCUUUGCACUUGGCCAUACGCAACCAAAAUGAAGAACUUGCGUUAUACUUAUUGAAAUUACACACGGAUGAUUAUAUUAAUAAUCUACUCGAUUGUUACAAUCCAAAACAUACUACUUUGUUUCUAGCUAUACAGAACAAUUGCUCUCAAGUAGUUGAGCAUAUAUUUUCAAGAUUGGACAGGAAAAGUUGGACCGAAUAUCUUAAGGAUUCAUUUGAUGGCCGUAAUAUAAUGCAUCUAGUUCCAAGUUUGACAGAUGAAAAGUUCGGGACAUGGUUAGUUAAAGAAGUUCCAGAACUCAUCACCCAACAAGACGUCAACGGAAAAUCAGCUUGGGGUAAAGCAUAUGAAAUUGGUCCUGCAUGGUUUAUAAAAGUAGUUUUGGACAAGGAACCAUCUGUGUUCAAUAGCGCGCCCUUGGUUUGGAUAAAAGCAUGUGAGCAAGGCCAUGUAUUAGCUCUUUGUGCCUUCAUCGACCAUAAUCCGGGAGAGUUUAGAGAUCUUUGUAUUGAAUAUAAGGAUUCUCCUUUGCAUCACAUAAAACUCCCAAAUUUAACUGGGUAUGAAGAAUUUCUCAAGAUUACACGCAUGAAGGAUUUAAUCAAUCUUCAAGAUUCCAAAGGGGUAACACCUUUACACAAAGCAAUACGAAAUAAAGACUUAUUCUUGACAGAAACGUUACUCACCAUGGAUAAGAUAAUAUAUAACAUUGUGGAUGAUGAAAAUGUAUCUGCCAUAUAUCUGCUUGCCCAAGAAUGCGACAACAACCGGACAUGGGACCGGAUGUGCAAAAGAAUAGGGCUUGACCCGAGGAUAAAAACGACAUAUUUCAAAGAUAAGACGAAUUUGUUAGACGUGCGAAACUCUUUAUUCAUCGUGGCGGCUUUACUAGCAACCUUUACGUUCACUGCUGGAUUCACUCUCCCUGGUGGAUUCGAUCAAGAAACCGGAGCAGCACUGUUGGGAAAGAAGCCAUCUUUCCAAGUGUUUUUGGUAUCUGAUGCAUUGGCCUUCUUUUUUUCAAUGUUGGUGUUGAUUUGUCUCACAUGGUCCAUGGCUUUCGAUGCCAGUAAAUCAUUGGUAUUGAUUGAUCGAAGGAUGGUGUUUCUCCGUUUAGCAAUUAACUGCACCUUAUUGGCGUUCAUGACUGGUGUAUACGUUGUUAUCGCUCCAAAGUCAUUGUGGGCAGAUAUUCUUAUUGUUGUCAUUAUGAGCUUCCUCAUUGCAAUUUCAAUCAACAAGAAUUUCUUGUAUGAUUUUCUAGAGUAUGUAUACAAGUCCAUGCCUACUCUAAAGAAAAAGCACAGAGAUCAAAUACGUGAUGUGGAACUGGGCACCCGUAAUGAACAAGAUCACUUGCUUAGUCGUCGUGUGGAGGACUCAAACGAAGGCUCUCUUACUGCUAACCAGACAAAGGAGGGCUCAAACGCAGAAAUGUAAAGAAUACAGGUUGAUCAGGUCUAUGUUUGAAUUGCAGGGCAUCCCUAUCCAACAAGAUCAAACGCGACUUCAAAAUUUCUUUCAAGAUCAAUGCAGCAAUCAUUGAAAAUACUUGUACUUGUAUUAUCAUUUUUAGCAGCAGCUUCUAAGUUAUACGGAGUAUUAGCAGAUAUCUACAUGAUCCAGCAUUUUGUUUUUGUUUUUUUUUUUUUUUUGAUGCGAAUGAACCACAAGGGCAAUAUAAACUACAAAUGGGGCGGGGGGAUUCGAACCUGAGACCUAUUGUACACAGGCCCUCAGUCUUAACCACUAGGCCAAGACAUCAUUGGUACAUGAUCCAGCAUUAACGACGCAAAAAGAAACAUUUUUUUUCUAUCCAAUGGAUUGUCGACAAGAGAAUGCAGUUUUAAAAGGUACUCCCUUUGUCCCUUAAUACUCACACCGGUUUGACCGGUGUGGGGUUUAAGACAAUUGAAUUAACUUAUUAAUUUAAUUGGUUGGUAGUUGAUAAUGGGGUAUUUUUUUAAUAUAGUUAGUUGGAAAUGGGUAAAGGGGUAGUAGGGGUGUGAAUUUUUAAAUGAUGUUUUUUUAGGGAGUGGGUUAGUAGGUAAGUGUAAGAAGUAAUAUAAUAUUGGUAAAAAAAAAAUCAUUUAUAGAAGCGGU